AUGACCUCGCUGUUCAGCUUUUCGUCCCCCGCGGACAUUGAUAUCCGGUUGGACGAUGAGCAUGACCGAAAGACGGUAGAGGUCAAGACGGAGAACCCGAACAAGGAGACGAUCCCUGUCUACUUUGACGGCGAGAGUUUGCAGGGGACCGUCGUAGUGCAACCUCGCAAUGCGAAGAAGCUGCAACAUGAUGGUAUCCGUAUUGAAUUUAUCGGAUGCAUGGGUAUGUUCCCCGAAGGAGCUCACACGUCAGAACUCUUUUACGACCGCGGGAAUCACUACGAGUUUCUCUCGCUCGGUCAAGAGAUUGCCCCCGCAGGCGAAAUACGUGAUUCAGAAAGUUUGCCGUUCUCGUUCAAGGACGUGGAAAAGUUGUACGAAAGCUACAAUGGCAUCAAUGUGAAGCUUCGCUACUUUUUCCGCGUCACCGUGCACAGGCGCAUGUCGGACAUUGUGCGUGAGCGGGAUAUUUGGGUGCAUUCGUUCCGCCUGCCAACAGACUCGAACAAUGCGAUCAAGAUGGAAGUCGGUAUCGAAGACUGCCUGCACAUUGAGUUUGAAUACAAUAAGUCCAAGUACCACUUGAAGGAUGUCAUUGUCGGCAAGAUUUAUUUCUUGCUGGUGCGUAUCAAGAUCAAGCAUAUGGAGCUUUCGAUUAUUCGUCGCGAGACCACAGGCGCGGCGCCCAACCAAUACAACGAGUCGGAAACAAUUACCAAGUUUGAGAUUAUGGAUGGUGCACCGGUGCGUGGAGAGACAAUUCCCAUCAGGCUCUUCCUAGGCGGCUUUGAAUUGACGCCCACUUUCCGUGACGUGAACAAGAAGUUCAGCACGCGGUACUAUCUGAAUUUGGUCCUGAUUGACGAAGAGAACAGGCGCUAUUUCAAGCAACAGGAAAUUACGUUCUUCCGCAUACCGGAGAAUUAG